AGGGACACCAUAUACACUCGUUUAAACCAUUCCGCUCUCGUAGCCGUGAAUCCUUACAAACCUCUACCCAUUUUUAGCGAUACUAUCGUACAAGAAUAUGUCGCCGACUACAAAGACACCUCGGGUCAAAAAAAUCAACUACCUCCGCACGCUUUUCAAAUCGCCUCUCAGGCUUAUCUACACAUGCGACGAACUGGACAAGACCAAUCCAUCAUCUUAAGUGGUGAGUCGGGUAGCGGGAAAUCGGAGACCCGUAAGCUAUUGGUCAAACAGCUGAUCGCCCUGAGCGCCCAUCAUAAAAAGGAAUCGAGAAUUCAAGCACAAGUUCCUUACUCAGAAUUUAUCCUCGAAUCUUUCGGAAAUUCAAAGACAAUAGUAAAUAAUAAUGCAUCUCGUUUCGGAAAAUAUACCGAGCUACAAUUCAGUGAACGCGGAAAAUUGAUUGGCGCAAAGACACUCGAUUAUCUUCUGGAUAAAAAUCGCGUCGCCAAUGUUCCACCAAAUGAACGAAACUUUCACGUCUUUUAUUAUUUUAUCGCCGGUGCUUCACAAGAGGAGAAAUCUCACCUUCAUCUCACCGAUGCCUCUCAAUACCGUUACCUAAACGUUCCCAAAGGAACACGAGGGCCUAGCGUCGAGGACAUUGACAACUUUAAUGAGCUGAAGCAGGCCCUGAAAUCUUUGGGUUUCCACAAAAGGCACGUGGCUCAGAUGUUUCAACUUCUGGCCGCUAUUCUACACCUGGGUAACUUACAAUUCAUGCAAGAUCCCAACAACAGAUUGAAAGACUCGGCGUUCGUGAAGAAUGUGGACGUUUUAGAUUUGGUCGCUGACUUUCUGGGCCUUGAUACUAAUUCCUUGGAAACCGUUCUCACCAACAAAACUAAAUUGAUCAAGAAGGAAGUGUGCACCAUAUUUUUGGAUGUCGAGGGUGCUUCGACGCAGCGUGAUGACCUUGUGAAAUUACUCUACUCCUUGUUGUUCAGCUGGAUUGUUGAGUACAUCAACACAAAAAUAUGUCACGAAAAUUUUGCCAGCUUCGUUGGUGUGGUGGAUCUCCUUGGAUUUCAGAAUUUGGAAACAAACUCUCUAGAUCAAUUCUGCAUCAACUUUGCGAACGAGAAGAUGCAUAAUUUUGUUUUGCGUCAAAUUUUCGAAGCUCGUCAGGAAGAGUAUAACGAAGAGAGCAUCAGCAUUCCCGAUGUUCCUUUCUUUGAUAAUACCUCGUGUCUUCAGAUGAUUGCCAAACCUUCAACUGGUUUGAUAGCCAUCAUGAACGAUCAAGUCAAUAAAGCUUCGCGUAAAACGGACCAAACCAUGUUGGAUGCCUUUAACAAGAAAUACUCUGAACACAGCUCGUUCAGACCAACAGGAAAAAGCUUAAACUCACUUCCAACUUUUGGAAUUCAACACUUCUUUGGUCAGGUGACCUAUAACUCCACCGGUUUCCUAGAAAAAAACAUCGAUAAUCUCAGUGCCGAUUUUGUCUCACUCUUUCGUGACACUGGCGGUGAAAUUGCUCCUUCCAACAACGGCUUUAUCACUGAUCUUUUCACCGAUAAAGCUGUCGCGACUGAAUCUCACCCACGCAAUGGCAACACAAUUGUCGCAGCUCAGCAAUCCGUUAAACCCAUGCGUGCACCCUCUAUGCGUCGUAAGAAGAACACACCCGCAUCCAAUGAAUCUUCGAUACCAAAGGUCACAUGCGUUGCCGCUCAAGUUGCAUCAGCUUUAAAUGAACUGUGCGAAACUCUCGAGGAGACGCAACCUUGGUAUGUUUUUUGUAUUCGACCCAAUGACACCCAGCUGCCGAAUCAAUUUGAUCAAAGGGUGGUGAACUCUCAGGUUAAAUCGUUCGGACUGCCAGAGAUUGCAAAGAGACUUCAGGUGGAAUAUGUUGUGAGCUAUCAACAUCAAGAGUUUAUUGACAGAUACGCGACCCUUUUAGAUUCAAUGGGGUUAGAACGUUACGAAGACUCAAGGGCUAAGUGCGAGGCCGUGGGUAAAGGCUUCGGUUGGGACGACGCUGAUGCUGUGAUUGGGCAGAAUAAGAUUUAUUUAAGCGAGAGAUCAUGGCGGAAGCUAGAAGACGAUCUUAGGAGCAUGGAUAGCGAUGAUAAACGACGGAAAAAAGAAAAGAAAACGGCCGUGACACCUUCAAAUGAUUAUGCGCGUAGCGAGGAUCAACUAUAUCAGACUCAGCAUUCUUCAAAUCAAGAUUUGUUGGAGAAACCUCGUCGUGCUUCUCCGCCGAGGAAUUUUGAUCAACGAUCUUUCCAUUCCGGAGACGACAAUCGUUCAAACCUUUCCGAGGACGACUAUUAUCAGGAUGAAACCUAUAGCACAUAUGACGAUAACACUUCCACAUACGGGUCCGAGGUUUAUGCGCCAUCACGUAAUAUGUUCAUGGAGAUGGAGAUGAAAAAGAUGUUACCUGAUGAGGAGGAGAUAGAGGAGGUACCCGAAGAACCCCGGGUGACCACGCCAGCUCGUAAGAAAUGGGUAUUCCUCACAUGGUUACUUACUUGGUGGAUUCCCUCUUGUUUCUUGAGCUGUUGUGGUAUGAAACGCAAAGACGUUAGAAUGGCAUGGCGUGAAAAGGUUGCACUGUGUAUUAUCAUAUUAUUUUUGUCAUGUGUGGUGAUAUUUGUCCUCGCGUUCUUGGGCUUGUUAAUUUGCCCUCGGGUGUACAUCUUUAACGACUCCGAGGUACAAUCCCACAAUAAUCAGGAUAGUCCGGACAGCACCUACGUGUCGAUUCGCGGGGAAGUUUACCUGUUGAGUUCGUUCGCUCCUCGUCACUAUCCCACCCUCGUUGAUCAAAAAUCGAUUUUGGCCUACGGUGGAACAGACGCUACCAAGCUGUUUCCUGUUCAAGUUAGCGCUCUUUGUAGCGGGACGCAAGGAUCAGUUGAUCCCUCG